AAAAUCACAGGUUAUUUCUUAUGUUUUGUGUGGCAGGAAUUGCAAACCUGUUCAAAGUCUUGCUUCCAUGGUGAUCUCCGGUGUCCCAUUUGUCUCCAAGUUCCCACAUUUCCCGUGGAGACCAGCUGUGGUCAUUUAUUUUGUGGACAAUGUUUAAUUGCAUAUUGGAGACAUGGUUCUUGGACAGGACCUGUGAGCUGCCCUCUAUGCAGGCAAAAGGUGGAUGGUCUAUGUCACGAGAAUGACCAGGAAAGGCAUUGGCAACAGAUCCUACGAGAUAUCAGAGACUACAACAAGCGUUUCUCUGGACAGCCUCGACCUUUUGCAGAUUACAUCUACGACAUGCCACUGUUAUUCCAGCUGGCUUUCAGAGGACUCUUGACAGUGACUGGAUUAGUAUCCAUCUUCUGUUUAAGGAUUGCAAUUUGUUUCUUUGGAGCCAUUGUGCACCUUACCUCUCCUCUUGAUAUACCUGAAGCAUUCAAUGGGAUCUUGAGGACGUUUGAUGACUUGACUGUUGUAAUUCUGUUGCUUUUCUGCAUGAUUAAUAUCUGCCAGCAGGUGGGGCUAGAGUAAACCAGUUGAACAAACAUCAUAUCCCAAAGUUUUUUCCAGACUCUUCAUAGGAUGUGGACUGUCUAACAAAUGCUAUAACCAGACUGCAAAUAUACUUUAACAGUUUGAAUUGAUAGCUGCACAUAGAUUUUUAGGGUUACAAUUGCUUUAUAUUUCACAUCUAUGUUUGUAAAAGCUUUAAACAAAGCUAACCAUGUUUUCUGUUAAUAAACUGAAAUAAUUUAUACAUUUGAUUAAAAUGCAUAAAAUACAUUCCCAAAAACUUGUGAGAUUCAAACUGAUAUUUUUUUUUAUUCCUGUUAUUGUCAUUGUGGAAUAACAUCUGUUUGAAAGCAACAAUUCAGGCUGAUAUUAUUUUAAACUUGGUAGAGUGAAUUGGAGUGUAUCAGCUACAGGUACUUGGAUUGUUUUCUCUGGAGCUUUGGAGGCUGAGGAGCAACCUGAGAGAAAUAUACAAAAUUACACAGAUAUAGGGUAGAUAGUUUUUCUCACAUAGCAGAUGAUAGGAGGCAAGGUGAAAAGAGAUUUGCAAGGCAAUUUUUUUUACAGAGACUGGCCGAUGCCUGGUACAUGCUGCCAAGGGAGGUGGUGGAAGAAGAUACAAUAGUAAUGCUUAAGAGCCAUUUAGCCAUACACAUGACCAGGUGUAGGAUUAGUUUAGUUUAGAUCAUGUUCAUUAUGAGUUUGACAGGAAGCUUAUGAAAACUCCUUCCAACCCAAUAUGUGUGUAUGUUGUCUAAUUUUAUGUCAUAUGAAAAAAACAUUGUUCAAGUGGGUCAGCCUGUUAUAUCCCCUGUCUAAAUACUAUCUCUUAACCAUUAUGUGCAGGUGUCCAUAUUUUAUUGCAUUGAUUAAAAUAGCUGCCUAUAAUAUUCAAUUACACUUAGUUAGAGGCAUAUUCCAGGAAAAUAUAUGGAAUAAGUAAUUGUUAAACUAUUAAUAAUGCUCAGAAUUUUUUUCAGCCACAUCAUUGAAUCCGUUUAACUUCACCCCUUCACUUCAAAAUCAAAAUUACUGUGGCUCUAAUUACAUUGUUUGAAGUGAAUAAACCAAUAACAGACAGUAUCAUGUUACUUACUGUCAAUUAUGCUGCACACAAAGUGCUGUAAAUGUACACACACAUUCCCUUCAUUGGUCUGAAGUGACAUCUACCAUAAUUAUUUGUGCAGGAAUAUGAUGCCUUAUGCAAAUAGGCUUCAAUGAAGUCAGAAAAUAAGAAUUAAAGAAGUGUUUGAAAAGGCAAAUUUACAGGGUGCAAAGAUGCUGGUCAAAGAGGAAGUAUGCUGGUGAUGACUGGGGGAAAGAAACUUCAAUAUGACGGAAGUAAUUAAAAGGGUUAAUGGAGGCAAAGUCAUAGACAUUGUCUAUAUGGACUUCAGCAAGACAUUUGAUAUGGUUCUGCAUGGUCGGCUGCUCUGGAAGGUUGGAUUGCAUGGGAAACAGGGAGAGCCAGCUGACUGAAUAGAGAAUUGGCUUGAUGGAAGGAAUCAGAGGAUGAUGGUAGAAGGUUGUUUUUCAGACUGGAGGCCUGUGACUAGUGGUGUGCCUUGAUGAUCAGUGCUGGGCCCAUUGCUGCUUGUGAUUUAUAUCAUCAAUUUGGAUGAGAAUAUAAAAGGCAUGAUAAACAAGUUUGCAGGUGACAUGAAAGUGGGUGGCAUCGUGGAUGGUAAAGAGAGUUGUCGAAAAUUACAACAGGAUCUUGAUCUGGGUUGAGGAAUGGUUAAUGGAAUUUAAUACAGAUAAGUGUGAGGUGUUGCUCUCAAGGCUUUUGGCAUAUUGGCCCUCAUCUGUCAGAGUAUUGAGUAUAUAAGUCAGGAUGUUAUGUUACAGCUGUACAAGACAUUAGUGAGGCCAUAUUUGUGGUAUUGUGUUCAGUUUUGGUCACCCGACUACAGGGUGACCCUGCUGUUGAUAAGCUAGAAAGGAUGCAGAGAAGUUUUAUGAGGAUGUUGCCAGGACUCAAGGGCCUGACGUAUAUAUGGCAAGAGGUUAAGCAGGCUAGGACUAUUCCUUGGAGCGCAGGAUGAUGAGUGGUGAUCUUAUAGAGGUGUUUAAGAUCAUCAAUGGAAUAGAUCAGGUAAAUACCCAGAGCCUUUUAUCCAGAGUAGGGAAAUCAAGAACCAAAAGACAUAGGUUUAAGGUGAGAGGUGAAAGAUUUAAAGGAACCUGAGGGGCAACCUUUUCACACAGAGGCUGAUGGGUAUAUGGAACAAGCUGCCAGAGGAGGUAGUUGAGGCAGGUACUGUCACAACAUUUAAAAUACAUUUAUAGACAGGUACAUGGAUAGGAAAUGUUCCAAGUUUUUCCAUGGAGACGUGGUAAUUGCUCAACUGUUAAAUGAUUACACCGCCUUGAAGAUUGCAUUCCCAGUAAGAUAGCAGGCUGAUGAAUGUCUAUGUGAGACUCUUACAAUUUAGCUUGUUUGG